CUUCCCUUCCGCGAACGGCCGGACGUAAACAACAUGGGAGGCAACAGCUGAUGCUGAUUAGGCCAUGAGUGGUUAUCUCCGGACGAGCUUUUGCAGACACGUGUCAUCGAUUCUUAUCAAUGUGAUGUAGCAGUACAUUGUAUUGAGGGAAAUAGGUUGCAGUGAUAGGCGGUUUACGGCAGAAAGUCCCUGUGCUGCUGCCUCAUGCUCCCAUAUGAGUAAAUGAUAUAGGCCUACUAUCAUGACAAGAGUAUUAGCUUUAAAGUUUUCAAAGAACAACAUGGUCACCAAGGGAUAUUGGGUAUCAUUAGUGGUUGUGCUGAGUUUAACUGCAUUCAGCCUGGGUAGUGAAGAGUGUCAAGGCAUGAAGAAUGGUGAAACUAAGCCUGAAGCAAGUGAUGGCAGUACAUGUGGAUGUGCAGCAACUAGCAGACAAAAGAUUGAAAAUCCCGACUCUUCCACUACGAAAGAAGAACCAGAAGAAGCGCCAAAUUUCAAAUACACUUUGGAAGCCAACAGGGUGCCAAGCAUCCCCAAUAUCCACCACAUGGUCAAGAUUCCUGGAGGAGAGUUCAUCAUGGGGACAAACGAGCCGGUUUUUGAAGCUGAUGGGGAACAUCCUGCAAGGAGGGUUAAGGUCAAGGAAUUUUAUAUGGACACCUAUGAAGUUUCAAAUAUGGCAUUUGAAUUAUUUGUCAAAGCUACUGGAUAUAAGACAGAGGCUGAGACCUUUGGGGAUUCCUUUGUGUUGGAAGGAGAAUUGUCGGAAGCUAUUAGAUCCACUCUGACCAAUGCCGUGGCAGCUGCCCCCUGGUGGGUUCCUGUGAAAGGCGCUGACUGGCGUCACCCAGAGGGGCCAGAUUCCAACAUCUCAGAUCGCAUGGACCAUCCAGUGGUGCAUGUGUCCUGGAACGACGCUGUGGCUUACUGCAAAUGGAUGGACAAGAGGCUUCCAACGGAAGCUGAGUGGGAAAGGGCAUGUCGGGCUGGAAAGAGGGAGAGACUUUUCCCUUGGGGUAACAAGCUCACACCAAAGGAUGAAUUCAGAGCCAACAUAUGGCAAGGGGAAUUUCCAAACUUCGACUCGGGUGAGGAUGGAUAUCCUGGUCGCUGCCCCAUUACAGCCUUCCCCACAAAUGAUUAUGGACUCAAGAACAUAGUAGGGAAUGUGUGGGAGUGGACAGCAGAUUGGUGGGGAAUCUCUCAUUCACCUGGACUGAAAGUUGACCCACGAGGACCCAAGUCAGGAGAAGACAAAGUGAAGAAAGGGGGCUCUUACAUGUGCACAAAGGAAUAUUGUUACAGGUACCGUUGUGCAGCUCGGAGUCAGAAUACGCCUGACAGUUCAGCAGGCAACUUAGGGUUCCGAUGCGCUGCCAGUCAGUUGCCAGAUUACAUCAAAGAAUAAUAUAUAUAUUGUUGAAAUGUCAUAUAUAGGAUAAGAUUCUCCAUUAGUGCCUGAAGUAAAUAGUAAAUAUAUGUGUUUUUUUUAAUUCAGUUUGGGUUUAUUUUUUUCUGUAUUUCUGUUGCUCUAAUUUUUCAACAUAUAGAUGCAAAGAAUAUGAAAUAUAGAAUAUUUUUCUGAAUGAUGUCACAAAACAUAAACUCACCUGAGAUGAAAAGAAAACCAUGCUGCAUUAGGAGUAAAGAUCAUUAAUUUAU